CCGUGUCCCUUAUUUUCGGCAACCCCCAUGAACCCCUUCAAGGGCUAUUCAGAAGGCGAUCAAUUUCUCACACCCGCAAUCCUAUCGCAAUCAACUCACACUCGAAGCUCCAAGCGUCAUGCGAAUGACGGAUAAAUUUGCGUCGAUCCUCAAAGUCCGCCAGGAUCCGAACUUGGUGGAUUUGCCUGCAUCGAGUAAUAGGUUUUCGCGCGGCUGCAGGUAUUGGAACGGGUGGAUGGCUUUUGCACAUAAGCAGGCGAUGCUCGACCGCACCGCAUUUGGGGGCGGCGAUGAACGAAGAUCCACGACACACGGGAAAUGGACCCGGCCAGUGACAGCGUCAGAAGCAGAUUGGGACACGGAAACCGUGUGGCCCGAUGUCUUCGCCAUCCGUUCCCGCCGUCCCCGCCGCUUGCGAUACGCGGCACGAAAUGAUGAUAAUGAUGAUGAUGGUGAUGACGACAUUGAUGUUAAUGUUGAUAAUGAUGAUGAUGAUGACAAAGAUGAUGACGAUGACGAUGAUGAUGAUGAUGAUGAUGAUGAUGAUGACGAAGAUGAUGACGACGAUGAUAACGAUGAUGAUUAUGCUGUUGAUGAUGACGACGAUGACGAAGGCGACGAUGGUGGUGAUCUUUAUGACGGCGACGAUGCCGCUGAUGAUGUUGGUGAUGUUGAUGACGUUGACGAUGUUGAUGAUGAUGUUGUUGUUGUUGUUGUUGAUGAUGAUGAUGAUGAUGAUGAUGAUGAGGAGGAGGAGGAGGAGGAGGAUGACAAUGAUGAUGAUGUUAUUGAUGAUGAUGACGAUGAUGAUGAUGAUGAUGAUGAUGAUGAUGAUGAUGAUGAUGAUGAUGAUGAUGAUGACGAUGAUGAUGGUGGUGAUGAUGGUGGUGAUGAUGAUGGCGAUGAUGAUGAUGAUGAUGACGAUGAUGUUGGUGGUGAUGAUGAUGGUGAUGACGAUGGCGAUAAUGAUGAUGAUGAUGAUGGCAAGCAAGAAUCAUGGGGCCCCUCGCGAGGAAAGAACAAGCGGGAAUCAAAGGGGCAUACAGAAACCAUACAGGAUGUCUUCUUCAAAGGGCAAGGUGGAGGCAACGGGGACCUCCGGGAAGACAUCCGGAAAGAUUCCACAAGGAGGUCGUCUACUACCACUAAAGGGUGGUCGAACCAUUCGAAGUCGAAAUGGUUCAUCGACUGGUGCUGUGGAGAUGCUUCCAACCCCGCUGCGCAGCCAUGUGGUCCUGUCAUCUUCGUCGAUGACGGCAAAAGGCGUCGAGUGCUUGGGGCCUUCUUGGGGUGGGAGGACGCGAAGGGGGGCCAGCGACAUUUCCGUAUGGAAAAGGUUUAUGCCUCCAAAGGCAACAUCGUUGCCAAUUCGAAAGGGGUGUUGUUGGACCCCGAAUUGUGUGAGGGGCUCGAAGCAGGUGCUGUGGACACCUCGUUCUACAGAGAACUCGUUCUCGUGGGUGGUUUUGUUUUGGCGCGUGAGUUUUUCGACAAGCUGGAGGACAAGAACAUCGUUCUCGACGUCCCCUGCGACGUCGGCCCCUCCCUGGAGCUCUCGUUGCCGUUCAGGCCGCCUCCAAUCGACGUCGACGCCGGGUACUUCCUCGAGUACAAAGACGGCGUUCGGACAAAGAGGGAGUUCGAGGUUAGCCCUGCGCAGGUCGUCAACCUCGGAGAGUGGGAGGACCUGUACAACCAGCGGUCCCUAGAUCCCGUGCUCGUGGAAUGGAUCAAAGAAGCGAUGCGGUUGGCGUUUGAAAACAAAACGCAGUCUUACGAUUUGCCUACCCUGAAGCUGGCACCGCUGGGGCUUGAUAAACCGACUCCGGGGACCAAGGCAGAACGUCUGAGGCCGGGGGAAUGGAGGGAUGAGCUGGCGGGGCAAUACUACUACUACACGGUGUGUGGGCAGCACAACGCGGCUGCAGCGAGGUCGCUGCUCGGCAGCGAGGUGGCCAAGAAAUACGAUUUCGAGCGGUGGCCUGCACAAAUGCUCUACUUUUCGGACGACGACUUCGAAGGUGUGUACGGGGACAUGGAACGCAACCCCGCGCAAUUCGUUAAUCUUCUCGAGUCCGUCACCAAGAAGGGGGAGGGUGUAUGCUUCCUCGGGAAGCCACACGUGCGAUCCGUGUGGGAACAGGUGAAGGCAGGACGGCACGUCAUCGCAAUGGAAGGGAACUCCGAGCUCUUGCAAUUUACAAUUGAUCUCGUCAAGAGCGAGGUCAAUUCGGGUGCCCACAUUUGCGAGUUCAUGGUCGUCAACGAGUCUCGCCCUCGCGCGUGGAACAACAAGACGGACAUGUGGUUCAAGUUGAGUGAGAGGAAGCGGAACAAGAUAUACGACUUCUUGUUCCUGCAAAUGCGGCCCAAGAGAGACACUGAUGCCGAGUACGUGUGCCGCAAGGAUCACAUGUUCACGCUGCUCGACAACUACCACGGCGCCUCCCGCAUGAACGCAAAGACCUUCCUCGAGAGGUUGCAGUCCCUGUACUUCGUGGAGUCGGAGGAGGAGUUGACGUUCGACAGUUACUCCUCCUUGAUCUCCACGGAAGACGAGGAGACCACCGGCAUCCAGUUCGACGCGACCGUGAACGAGGAGGGCAGCGACACCGAAAGCCUCGACCUGCAGUACGACCCGCAUCCCGGGCAGCACACAACAGGGUCGUCCUUCGUAGGUCCGUCAACAAGCCCGACAUCCCUCGUGUCACCGAUGGCGAAAGCGGCACCUGGCACUACCCCGAUGAAGUUGCUGCAGAGAAUGCAAGCUCUGGCCUCCGGCCAUCGCUCACUGCGGUCCCGGGGACCGGACGGCGGGGAGAACGAGGGCGACGAGGCUGGUGGCGGCAAAGGAGUCCCGCCUGGUUCGGAGGGCGGGUCUCAGGGCGACACCACGACAGUGGAAGGCAAUGGCGGGGUGGCGGGGGAGGCCUUUGGGCGUCAGCAAUCUACCGGUCCCGGUCCGGCAAGCUCGGCACAAUCAGCGGACGUGCCCACUUCAUCCGCCGGCUCGGUGAUGGCGGCCUCGGUUGCUCUCCGUGCUGGCUCGGUCAAAACGUUCAAGUCCGCCGGGAUCCGAACUUCAAUGCUUGCAGAGCGGAGGAAGAGGACGGACGCGCAGAGCUUGUCAGGAGCGGGGGUGGCGAGUCGUGAUCCCAAAAUGGAAAGCGGUGCGGUGAGGGACGACACUACGCCGCCUGCGGGGGACCGCCAACCGCUUCGGUCGGAGCGAGAGGGUACGUGUGGAGGGCCCGACGAUAGGGAGACGGUGAAGUUCGCCGGGAUUCGACGAAAGGACUUCUACGGAGAACAUCGCGAGGAAGACGACGACGAUGAUGACACGGCACUGGGUAUGGAGACACAGGUGGUCACAAGCCUUUCGGCAGAACGUGAUGACUAUGAGGUCGAAGCAAUGACGUCUGCCGUCGAUCUCCAACAACGGUUCAACGACGCUAGUGUUGCGGUCAACCUUAAUAAACCGAGUGUGCGUAUUGACAUCGAAGAAGUUAUCGACGACAUGUUGGGCGACCACCACAUGUGCGCGCAGCCGUCUUCUACGCCUGGUGUCGACGACCCUCUCGACGUCAAACCUUCCGGGGGAUCUAUCGUGGCUUUGUCACCAACGAACUCUCCGAUGCUGCCGCCGACCAUCGCCAGCGGAGGAGAAGGCGAGAUCGGGGGAUGACAAGACGUCACAUCCCCCAAAAAAACUGUCGCCGACACUCGAGCUCUCGACGUGCUGGCUUUGCCCGCGCCAACUUCGCCGA